GUUUUGUACUAAAUUGAUCAGUUCAAUUCAAGCGUAUCAACAGUUCACGCGUGUUAAAAGAAUACAAAUAAAAUGUUAUUCUUCAUUAUUUUAAUCACAUUGUUCUCAUUAGUUUUAAAUCAAAGUGAAUCUGCUCGAAUAAUAGCAAUUUUUCCCGUACCGUCGAUAAGUCAUCAAGUAGUGUUUCGACCAAUAACAGAAGAAUUAGCCAGAAGAGGACAUGAAGUCACAGUUAUAACGACAGAUCCUGCCUUCCCAAAGGGAAGAACUCCAGCAAAUCUAACAGAAAUCGACGUCCAUGACAUUUCCUACGAUUUAUGGAAAAGUGUAUUCAUAGAACCAGCACAAGGGAAGAUGGAUGACGUGGUUCUAACCUUAAAACUAAUUUACGAUGCCAUAGCUGCAAUUGUAGAUGCUCAAUUUCAAGACGAAAAUGUUCAAAAAAUAAUCAAGGACAAGAAUAAAAAAUUCGAUCUCCUGCUUACUGAAGCUAUAGUGAGACCCACUUUAGUAUUUUCUCAUAUAUACAAAAUACCAGUAAUACAAAUUAGUUCCUUUGGUGGCGCUUUAGAUAACUAUGAGAAUAUAGGAGCUCCCGUACAUCCUAUACUUUAUCCAGCCCUUACUAGGCAGCGUCUUCAUAAUCUAACUCUUGUCGAAAAAGUCACGGAAAUAUACAAUGACUUUCAACUAAAAAUGGUAUAUAGAAAUCUUGAGGAAGUUGAAAAUCAAAUACUCAGAAAGCAUUUUGGAGACGAUGUUCCACCAGUAACAGAAUUAAACAAUAAUGUGGAUAUGCUGUUUCUAAAUAUAAAUCCAAUAUUUGAAGGGAUCCGACCGGUGCCUCCAUCUGUAGUGUAUAUGGGUGGACUGCAUCAAAAACCUAAUAAAGAAUUGCCUGCGGAACUAAAAUCAUAUCUUGAGUCUUCUAAAAAUGGAGUAAUUUACGUGAGUUUUGGUACUAACGUAGAUCCCACGCAAUUCCCAGCUGAUAGAAUUGAGGUUCUAGUAAAAACAUUAUCUCAAUUGCCUUACGAUAUUCUUUGGAAAUGGAACGCAGAUGUUCUACCUGGACGUACGGAUAACAUUAAGAUUGCAAAAUGGCUGCCACAAUCAGACCUGUUAAAACAUCCCAAAAUAAAGCUCUUUAUAAAUCAGGCUGGUCUUCAGUCGACAGACGAAGCCAUUUCAGCAGGAGUACCUCUGAUAGCCUUCCCAAUGUUUGGAGACCAAUCGUACAAUGCAGAGAGAUAUGAAUUUCUCAGAAUCGGAAAGAAAUUGGAUUUAAAGACACUUACAGUGCAACAUUUUACGAAUACCAUCAAGACUGUUAUUGGGGAUGGAAGCUAUCGUCAGAAUAUAGAGAAGCUGCGCAAUGUAAUGUUUGAUCAGCCUCAAUCGCCACUGGAACGUGCAAUAUGGUGGACGGAACACGUGCUGCGUCACGGCGGUGCGAGACAUCUGCGAGGACCUGCAGCCAACAUGUCGUGGACAGAGUACCUCGAACUAGAAUUAGUGUUCAUUCUAUUAUUAGCGCUAUUGGCAACCAUUGCAGUUUUAUUUGUAUUUUUCAGAUCUUUGUAUAGACUCAUUAUAGUAAAUACUAAACCUGAUAAAAAAUUAAAGCGGAGUUGA